AAAACAUAAUCUUGUCUGUAGAUAGCUUGUACAAUGAAGCUGGGUUACUGGAAAAUUAGAGGACUUGCAGAACCAAUCCGAGCUCUACUUGCUUAUGUGGAAGCAGAUUAUGAGGAGGUAGCAUACGAGUGUGGAGAUGCUCCUGGCUUUGACAGAUCGUCCUGGACUGAUGUCAAGUUCACUCUUGGACUAGAGUUCCCCAAUCUCCCUUAUCUUAUGGAUGGUGAUGUUAAGCUCACUCAAACUAUCGCAAUUUUGCACUAUCUUUCCAACAAGUACGGACUUGCACCCAAAGACUUUGCAGUUCAUGCACAGUGUGACAUGUUGGAUCAUGUUGCUAUUGAUUUGACCAUGCUGGGAGUAAGACUGUUUUACCAACCUAAAGAUAAAUUUGAAGCAGGGAGGGCUGGUUUAGUGACUAGUGCUGGAGCUAUGAUCAAACAGUUUGCUACAUUCCUUGGAUCCAAGAAAUAUUUCGCUGGUGACUACAUCACAGGAACAGAUUUCCUUGUGUUUGAAACAAUCGACAAGUACACUGUGCUGGAACCGACCAUUAUUGAGGAUGAAAACCUGAAGAACUUCAUGCAGAGAAUACGGGAUCUUCCCACCAUGAACAAGUACUUCACUGAUCCUAACUCUACAAGAUCCUGGAUUCUUAAUAACAAGAUGGCUGCUUUUAAGUAGAGGAGAAGUAUAGGUUAAAGGUUAAAUGAAGAUAGACUGAUAUUGGAUGUAUUAUGUAUAUCUUUACAUUAGUUCUAGUGCUGUUCAUGUGUUAUGUAUAUAUUUUAAAAUUCCAGAUCAACAAAAGCUUCAGAUAAUUUUUAAAAAGCUGUAACUUGACAUGUGACCAAGGUUACACUUUUAAAUGUUUUAUAAUAUUUAAAUGCUGUUGUAUGACUGGUUUCCAAUAUUCGUUUUAAGAAUUAAUUUUCAUCAAUGUUAUCAUAAUUUAAAAUAGUCUUCUUUUACUUAAAACCUCUUUCGUCUUUUCUUAUUUUCACAACAAAAAUAAAAAUCUUGUUUUUUACUUAAAAUAAUUUCUAAAUCAGACUAACCUAAACUGAAAUUCCAUUGCUGGAAAUACUCAAUAGUUUACCUAACUUAACUUUAAAUGCGCAUGACAUAUUUGUAAUUUGAAUGCUUUAGCUGGUUAAAUGUAUGCUAUGUGGAGAAUGAGUCUCUUAACUUGUGAUUGAAAUGGGUGCUUGUAUAACUAAUAACUAUACGUUUUAUGAAUCAUCACAAUUUAAUUUAUAAAUAUUUCUGACAAUAUUUAUUGCCAAAAGUAUUUUAGAUUGGGGGCCGGGCUGGGAUUCUACAGAAAUGAAUUACAAUAAUGUUUUUUAAGUUUUCGAAUUUGUUUUUGUAGUGAUUGAAUAAUUUAUUGAUUUUUAUAUUGUAUGAAUCAUAUUGACUAUGCCAUGAAUUCUUAUAAUGCUGGAUGAUAAAUGCA